CAGCAUUCGUGAUUCGUGAUUACGUUCGUGAUCUUUUGACGAUACGUGCGUGAUCCGUCUGAUCAUCAGUUUGAGUCUACUGCUGACUCGCGCUCCUGACUGCGAUCCACGACGUUUCAAAACUCCAAGCAUACAUGUCUCGCUUGCUUGCGAUACAUUCCCCUCGACUUCUCGCGCAUGCUUUCGGAGGUCAGUCCACGCACCGUCCAGACCGUUGGCCAUCUCGAUUGAAGAGCAGAACCCAAUCUGCGGCCUAAUACGUCAGGCCGAGCUUGUCGAGAUGCCAGCGACGAGGUCGACACGAUCCACGAGAUCUACAAGGUCCACUCGAUCAGCCAAAGAUGCGAUCGACGACGCUUCUGAAGGAGCUCAAACGGCAGAAAAGGAAGCAAAAGUAGCGAUGGAUGAUGCUGGAGGGCAAGCUGAGCCGCAAGUCAGCAGUGGAGGAGGCCUAAAGGGAAAGGGAAAGGGUAGGGCUAGCGCAAGAAAAGUAGCCGCUGCGGGCAAUGGCUCAGCUUCGAAUUGCGCAGAGGCCAGCACAUCUAGCAAUGGCAAGAGCGCCAAAUCGAAGAAGAACGAAGAAGGUGCUCGAGAUGAUGACGACGAAGAGGUGCAGGAGGAGGAGGUCGAGCCAGACCAGUCAUCGCAGUCAGAAGCUGGGCAGAUAUCAUCAGCAACGAACGCAAAGGCUGCCCACAUACCACCUGCAGUAGAAGUGGAGACGCAGUCGGUCAAGGCCAAUACCGAAGCUGUCUCUGGAAUCGAGGACAAUAGCACGCCCGCGAAGGGUGAAAAUCCUCAGGGCAGUGAGGCAGCACAAGAGCCGAUAGCGCUAGUAAUCGAGACCGAUCCUGUCGUCCUAGCUGCACCUAAUGGUGAUGCUCCUCCAUUUAGACGCAGAGCGGCUGAAUCUGCUGCUUCCGAUUCAACGAAGCACACAGCGAUGGAAGUGGCAGGUCACGAAUCAGAGCCUGUCACGGCGCCACUGGAAGACAAGCCAGCCACAUCAGUGUCGCCUGUCAUCGGAGAUACGCAAGAAGAUCUGCAAAUGUCAAAGACGGAACUUGCUCAGGGCCCUUCAACUCGCUCUUCAGCUAGACAAGCACGUAGAGCUGCGGGCGCAAAAGCUGCCAGGGAUUCCUCACGACUUGACGAACGAAAAAGAGAGGAGCAAGCAGACGUCGCGAUGACGGACGCUGCUGCUGCUGAAGAGGAGCCUACCUCUGCGACGCUUGCGCCUGGUAAAGUGGAUCAGCCCAUAGAAGAGGGGCAGGCGUCGCGUUCGGAAACGAGCCCGAUCAGGGAGAGAGAGAACAAGGAAUCAGCGGCCGCGCCGGCCUAUAGAGAUGAGAGGAGAGUCAGACCUCGCAUGGACAAUGAGCUGGCAAAAAGGGGCAAGAGAAUGUUUGGCAUGCUCAAUAGCACAUUGGGCAAAGCAAAGGAAGAGAAUGAAAGGAUGGCGAGUGGGGAAGGGGCCAAGCGUCGAGCCGAACUAGCGUCUCGUUUGGCAAACAAGAGAGCGGCCAACGAGCGUCUAGUCGAAUCCGCUCGUCGUCUAUCGCAACUCGAGUCGCAAAUCAUCCUUCAAGCAUCCAGAAUCUCCUCUUCCGAAAGCGCCUUCAACGCGCUCAGAUCUUCCAAGCACCGCCUGGCCAGCUUUCUGGUCACGCCAGUGGGAAGCAGGUUGAGGGAUGUGCAGGUGGAGAAGAGGGAACGCGCAAAGGAGGUGCCUAAUGCGAUUGGUCCGGUAGGUGUGCAAGCGAGAGGGGACGAGCAUGCGCUGUACUUUUUGCCGAAGAAGCUUACGGGAAGGCAAGAGGAUGCGCUGGAUGAUCAGGAGGACGCAACGGACGACGCGAUGGCAAAAGCCGAAGCAGAAUGGACUGAAGACAAGUCAAAGAUGGUGAAGGAGCUGGACGAGCUGAAAAGAAAGUACGCUGCGCUUCAAGCUGAGAUGGAUAAAGAGUCUGCCGAAGCCGCUUCUCUUGCUCCUUCGCGACCCACCGCCGAAGGCCCAAAGCGCGCUGGACGCGUCGACGAGGAGAUGGGAGAGCGGGAUGCGGACGAGGAGGUCAAGAGAGAUGCGAAUGGAGAGGGAUCGUCAUUGGAAGAUGCAGAGAUGGUCUUGUCUUGACGCGAUGCGCUCGUCCCGAAGAAAAAGUGUAUCAUAUCCCGCACAAACAUUCUUGCAGUCUGAACAGGCAAUGCCCACAGACCAUUGUUGGGGGGAUGUACGCACACAAGAAUGGGGGCCCAAGAUGGGAGCACACGACGUUCCAGGUCUGAUGUUGGAAAUUUUCGAUGCGGCGUAAAAGGGACCCUCAUGAUCGUCUCUUGCUCCUCUCCUUUUUGAGAUCCUUUUUGAAUUUGCUCUUGCCGAGCGAUGCAGGUCGAGUCUGAGCAGAGUCCAAGAAUUGAGGAUUGCCCUUGGCAUCUCCCCUCCUGCCUCUAGCUCUAUCCAGCGCCUUGUCUCUUCCCUUUCCUCUGAGCUCCUCAUACGCAUCCUUUUCCAUUCUCUUCCUUCUUCCACUCCCACCUGCUCCUCC